AUGGAGGCCAGCGCCGGGCUGGUUGCGGGCUCGCACAACCGCAACGAGCUCGUCGUCAUCCGCCGCGACGGGGAGCCAGGGGUGAGUGGCCCCGCCGCUUCCUUCGCUUCUGGUUCUGGUCGUCGGCGCCGCGGAAUCCGCGCGCGAGGGUUCCGGAGGCUGUUGUUCUCCGUGUCGGUCGGGCGGAGGUUCUGUCGGGUUGCCGUUUCUCAAUCUCUUCUUCUGUUUGUGUGGCGGUGGAUGCAGGCGAGGCCGCUCAAGCAGCAGAACCGCGGGGCGUGCCAGAUUUGCGGGGACGACCUCGGGCUCGGCCCCGGCGGCGACCCCUUCGUCGCCUGCAACGAGUGCGCCUUCCCCGUCUGCCGCGACUGCUACGAGUACGAGCGCCGCGAGGGCACGCAGAACUGCCCGCAGUGCAAGACCCGCUACAAGCGCCUCAAGGGGUGCGCGCGCGUGCCCGGGGAUGAGGAGGAGGACGGCGCCGACGACCUGGAGGACGAGUUCAACUGGAGGGACAGGGACGACUCGCAGUACGCCGCCGAGUCCAUGCUCCACGCCCACAUGACCUACGGCCGCGGCGGCGACCUCGACGGCGUGCACCAGCCCUUCCAGCCCAACCCCAAUGUUCCACUCCUCACCAAUGGCCAGAUGGUCGACGACAUCCCGCCGGAGCAGCACGCCCUUGUUCCUUCCUUCGUCGGCGGCGGGGGAAAGAGGAUCCACCCGCUCCCUUAUGCUGAUUCCAACCUUCCUGUGCAACCGAGAUCCAUGGACCCAUCCAAGGAUAUUGGUUCCUACGGGUACGGUAGCGUCGCCUGGAAGGAGAGGAUGGAGAGCUGGAAGCAGAAGCAGGAGAGGCUGCAUCAGGCCAGAAAUGAUGGCGGUAAAGACUGGAACGGGGAUGGCGACGAUGCAGAUCUGCCACUCAUGGAUGAAGCUAGGCAGCCACUGUCCAGAAAGGUUCCCAUUCCUUCAAGCCUGAUUAAUCCCUACAGGAUGAUCAUUGUGAUCCGUUUGGUGAUUGUGUGUCUCUUCUUCCACUAUCGUGUUAUGCAUCCGGUGCAUGAUGCAUUUGUUUUGUGGCUCAUAUCUGUCAUAUGUGAGAUAUGGUUUGCCAUGUCUUGGAUUCUUGAUCAGUUCCCCAAGUGGUUCCCUAUUGAGAGGGAGACUUACCUUGACCGGUUGACAUUGAGGUUCGACAAGGAAGGCCAGCCAUCUCAACUCGCCCCAGUUGAUUUCUUUGUCAGUACGGUCGAUCCCGCAAAGGAGCCUCCGCUGGUCACAGCAAACACUAUCCUAUCUAUCCUGGCGGUAGAUUAUCCGGUUGACAAGCUUUCUUGCUAUGUUUCUGAUGAUGGUGCUGCCAUGCUGACAUUCGAAGGAUUGUCUGAAACAUCUGAAUUUGCAAAGAAAUGGGUUCCUUUCUGUAAGAAGUAUAGCAUUGAGCCUCGUGCUCCAGAGUGGUACUUCCAACAGAAGAUAGACUACCUGAAAGACAAGGUGGUACCAAACUUUGUUAGGGACAGGAGAGCAAUGAAGAGAGAGUAUGAGGAAUUCAAGAUCAGAAUCAAUGCCUUGGUUGCUAAAGCCCAGAAAGUUCCUGAGGAAGGAUGGACCAUGCAGGAUGGAACUCCCUGGCCUGGGAACAAUGUCCGUGAUCACCCUGGAAUGAUUCAGGUCUUCCUUGGUCAAAGUGGUGGCCUUGAUGUGGAAGGAAAUGAGCUGCCUCGAUUGGUUUAUGUCUCAAGAGAAAAACGGCCAGGCUAUAACCAUCACAAGAAGGCUGGUGCUAUGAAUGCAUUGGUCCGUGUCUCUGCUGUGCUAACGAAUGCUCCAUAUAUGCUUAACUUGGAUUGUGAUCACUAUGUGAACAACAGCAAGGCAGUCAAGGAAGCCAUGUGUUUCAUGAUGGAUCCUCUGGUAGGAAAGAAAGUUUGCUAUGUGCAGUUCCCACAAAGAUUCGACUCCAUUGAUCGUCAUGAUCGAUAUGCUAACAAGAAUGUCGUCUUCUUUGAUAUCAACAUGAAAGGUUUGGAUGGUAUUCAAGGCCCCAUCUAUGUUGGUACUGGAUGUGUCUUUAGAAGGCAGGCGCUGUACGGUUAUGAUGCUCCCAAAACAAAGAAGCCACCGUCAAGGACUUGCAACUGCUGGCCAAAGUGGUGUGUGUGCUGUUUCUGCUUUGGUAACAGGAAGAACAAGAAGAAGGUUACCAAGCCAAAGACAGAGAAGAAGAAGAGGUUGUUUUUCAAGAAGGAAGAAAAUCAAUCACCUGCGUACGCACUCAGUGAAAUUGACGAAGCAGCUGCAGGAGCUGAAACUCAGAAGGCUGGUAUUGUAAACCAACAGAAGUUAGAGAAGAAAUUUGGCCAGUCUGCCGUUUUUGUUGCAUCCACGCUUCUUGAGAAUGGUGGAACCCUGAGGUGUGAUAGUCCAGCUUCUCUUCUGAAGGAAGCUAUACAUGUCAUCGGUUGUGGCUAUGAAGACAAGACAGACUGGGGAAAAGAGAUUGGCUGGAUCUAUGGGUCAGUUACAGAGGAUAUCCUAACUGGGUUUAAGAUGCAUUGCCAUGGCUGGCGGUCGAUUUACUGCAUACCUAAAAGGCCUGCAUUCAAAGGUUCUGCGCCUCUCAAUCUUUCGGAUCGUCUUAACCAGGUUCUUCGGUGGGCUCUUGGGUCUAUUGAGAUCUUCUUCAGCAACCAUUGCCCUCUUUGGUAUGGGUAUGGUGGUGGACUGAAAUUUUUGGAAAGAUUUUCCUACAUCAACUCCAUCGUCUAUCCUUGGACAUCCAUUCCACUUCUGGCCUACUGUACGUUGCCGGCCAUCUGCUUGUUAACGGGAAAGUUCAUCACCCCAGAGCUUAGCAAUCUUGCCAGUAUCUGGUACAUGUCACUUUUCAUCUGCAUUUUUGCUACGGGUAUUCUGGAAAUGAGAUGGGCUCGUGUCGCGGUUGACGAUUGGUGGAGGAAUGAGCAGUUCUGGGUCAUUGGAGGUGUCUCUGCCCAUCUCUUUGCCGUGUUCCAAGGACUUCUCAAGGUGAUAGCUGGUGUGGACACAAGCUUCACCGUCACAACAAAGGCUGGAGAUGAUGAGGAGUUCUCGGAACUGUACACCUUCAAAUGGACAACCUUGCUGAUACCCCCGACCACCUUGCUCCUGCUGAACUUCAUCGGGGUGGUUGCCGGCAUCUCCAACGCGAUCAACAACGGAUAUGAGUCAUGGGGGCCUCUCUUCGGGAAGCUCUUCUUCGCAUUCUGGGUUAUUGUCCAUCUUUACCCGUUCCUCAAGGGUCUUCUUGGAAGGCAGAACAGGACCCCGACGAUCGUCAUCGUCUGGUCCAUCCUGUUGGCUUCGAUCAUCUCGCUCCUGUGGGUGCGUGUGAACCCUUUCCUCGCCAAGACCGACGGCCCUCUUCUGGAGGAGUGCGGUCUGGACUGCACGUAG